AAAUAUUAACAUAUUUGUCCAAGUUACUUUUGUUGUUUUUUUAUUCCCUACUUAUCCCCGAGUUGGAAAUCUACUAUUCAUAAAUCAUGGCAUAUGGUAUUAUGCUGUAUUGGAAUACCCAGAUACAUAUAGUAUCUAUUUCCCAUCGAUUAUCCCGCCCUAUUAUCACUUCAUUAUAAGCGUGCCUUCCAUUCCCUUGGCGCUUAGUCUUAUCCAGAGAGAGUAGCUAAACAUAUGUCAUUAGGCAGCACAUGCCAGCAUACGUGUCGUCGGGUUCAUGUGGUGUUGAGCCAUUGUGUCUGACACGUUCGCGUGGGUCAUCAUGUUGAACUGUCUCAUUGACUGUCGGACGCCUCGGAGAGAGGCCCGGCUAAAAUGACGGCUUCUGUUGGUAGCGUUUUGCUGUACAGCGACAUUCGCCAGUUGCACGACAUUUUAAAUAACGGGAGGAUAGAAAAUGGCGCCAUCAGACGUAUGCUAGCCAGCGGAAGUGCGGCUCGUAUAAGAAUAGCGCUUUGUUUUACCGGAAACUACGUCACGGAAGCAACGAAACGGGAUAGCUUAGAAAAAGAUGAGUGUUCGACUCCGCAUAAGGACAUCGAUUCUGUUGAAGGAGUAAUGGAGACAGCUGAAAUGCUUCACUCGCUCUCGGCUGCACAGGGUGAAGAUGUAUCAAGACGUGGAUAUUUUGGAAACGAGGCUGCUGCGACAAAUUUAGAGCCAUCAGUUGACCUCGGAGCGUCCUCUGCCGAGCCAGAAAUGAUGGAUGUUAAGCUAGACAGCUUUAUAAUACACGAUUCCCAAAGUGAUGUAAGGACACCUGGCCCACCAAAUGGCAGGGGCGUACUUGGCCCACCAAAUGACAGGGGCGUAUCUGGCCCACCAAAUGACAGGGGCGUACCUGGCCCACCAAGUGAUGAGAACGCACCCGGCUCACCCAAUGAUGCGAUCGCACCUGGCCCACCUAAUGACAGGAGCGUAUCUGGCCCACCUAAUGACAGGAGCGUACCUGGCCCACUUAAUGACAGGAGCGUACCUGAGUCACAGACUGACCUAGACGUAUCAGGACUUUAUGUACGGGAUCCAUCUUGGCAGCUACCUGAACGUGCUCCGGCUGUCUUCGCGUCACAUGCACCCACGCGUAUUGCUACAGUAAGUGAGCGAUUGAACAGGGAGGAUAUUGAGAACAUAAGAAAGGACAGUGACAGGCACUGGACUGAUGACGCUGUGCUGUCACAGAGUGGAUACAGACUCUUGGGGUGAGUAGGGGCCUUAAUAGACAUUAGAACAUCGGUGUUAUCUCCCCUCUCGUUGUUGUAUAAGACAGUUCAAUCCCCCGGCCCGUUAAAAAAAACGGUUUAUGAUCUCAGAGAAAAAAAAACCCAUCUUUGUCGGUGUUGGUUAGACCCCUAGACCUAGAAGCUCGGGGUAACAAAAAAGGGGGUGGGGUGGGGUGGUAUUUGAUAACAAUUGCAUAUGCUAGAUGGAGAAACAAUACAAAUUCCACUUUUUAAAACAUAAACUUUACGAAAUUUGUUUCGUAUCUCUAUUUCCUACCUUUUUCUAAACAAGAUUUUGUUAGAUUGAUUGAUUAAGGACUUUCUAUCAAUCAAAAUGUUAUGAUUUUUUUAUUUACUUAUUUGGGAGAUUGGUAAAAUUGCGAAUCGGAAACUAGAAAGAUAUGUCGGCAUAAAUUUUGUUGCAAUAGUUAGCUUUUAACUUUAACAACAGUGCAAGCGGGCGUAUAAUACAUGUAUUAAUCUACUUUUCUUAUUAAUUUAAUUUAGUAGCAUAGGGUUCGUCAUUUAAUGGUGGAAAUCUAGUAAUAGAACAUCCGGGCGUACAGCCUGGCCAAUCUCAAUAUAUUAAUAAAACAUACUGGUAUUCUGUUUGGCCAAACAACUUUUCGAUAUGUUAUGUCUACGUUAAUGUGAACCUUAACCUAGUCAAAAACGUAUUUACAACUGUUUUUUAAGAAAGAGUUUAAAAACAAAUUGUAACUGCUAUAUAAAUAUGCGGAAAUACAUUGUUAGAGAAGCUGUUAUACGAAAACGUUGUUUCAAAAUAGUAACAUUGCGUAAUGCCUCGUGACGUUUUCCGGUGUCAGAAAUGACAAAACCGUAUGAGAUCAUCUUUUGUUUUCAACAUUUUCUUGUUGAAUUUUUUUUCCUUUAUCAACAGAUCUGAUAUGAUACUCCAAGUCAUUCGGCUUUGAGCAGGUCGAUUACAGAAAACCAAAAAGGCGUUACAAGGAGCGAUGCAAAACUGCACGAUUGAGAAUUUUUUUUUUCAAAUUUUUUUAAACACUUAAAUGAAGAGCGCUGAGAACGUCUCGACGUGUUUCUUAUAUCUUCCCGUUUGUGCUUCACAUUUGGCGACUGACGCUGUCAAUAAAUAACUUAUUUUUCUUGAUGU